UCAUUGCUGAAAUGAUGGCUUCGAGUAGCCAUUUUUGGAAAUUUGUGCGCCCAAAUCCUACUUUCUUUUCGGUCAAUGGGCUUGUUCUCGAUGUCCCCCCCACUUGUCAUCCCUCUCAGCUUGACUUGACGUGAAGAGCAUAUAAGGAGGAAGCUCCAACCCCUUCGAUGACGAUGUUGUUGAAACGUCAAGCUCAAACUAAUCUCUAACUUCUGUUUCGUGACUGGUUCACGCCUCACUUUUAUUUGUACUUUUCUAAACCAUAGCGCUAUGCAGCUAUAGGUUAUAUAUGAAGCGCUUGUAUGUCGACGAGCUACAACUACGACACGUCUACGCAGCUCGGAUUGAGAUUACGACUUUGGCGUGGACUGAGAAGCAUUGUCACCAGACGUCGCGUGUUCGUUUCUGAACCCAAUCGCCAAUUGUCGCAUGGUCGCAAAGAGAACGCUAUUCAGCAAUCAGAAAUGCAGCCUGGCGCAGGCACUACUACCUCUACCAAAACUACCACCACUACAACGAUCCAAAUGCCGAGCACCACUCUCUUCACCGAUGACGGCAAAGUCAAUCCUUCCGAAUGGUUCCCGGUUUAUCAGGGUUGUAUAGAGUAUUUUGUGAAUGUCGCACAGCAUCGGCCCUUGGCGCAAUCAAUUGCUGCCCAUAUCAACAUUCUUCUUCCCUACCAACGCGCCGAGUCGCCUUCCAAUAGCCAGAAUCAGUCCGGGUCAACGGACCAGCAACAAUCAGAGUCUCAAUUAUUCUCGCUUAUCCCAUAUAUUCGACGACUAGUCGUCACGGCAACAGAUACACCGGUCGUUAUGCAAGAACUUUUUGGGGACGGAUGGCUCAGGGGCGUCGGCGCAAUCCUUUCACAAGAGCGAAUAAACUACCUCUUCUCAGCAAAGAGUGGCGGUUGGCUAAAAACCAAGGCGCAAUACGAUAUACUACCCUACGAAACCGUCCCCUUCCUGCGUCCAUUGCGUGACCCACAGGAAGAAGAACUUCGAGCAGCUGAAGCUCGUUGGAGUGAGUGGUUGGCUAUGGAAGAUUGGAUGGUGGGACCGCGUAGUCCGUUUGAGGAUUCGUCGGGGGAUUAA